AUGCCCCCUGACUACUUCCUCUACCCCAGAAUGUCGGACAACAACGCUCAUCCCGGCGUUCGCAGCCUGCUGGCCAAGUUUGAGAACAGCCCGAGCUCAGUCACCUCGCCGCCCUCGCGUGGAAGAUCGCCCGUUAGCUCCGAUACCCCCGGCUCGUCCCGCCAGCUUUCCAAAGUCCGCGCCAGCUUCGUAACAGUCGACGGUGUGGUCCAGUCAAACCCAGGCUCACCAUUGCGCAAGACAAGUGGACGGAGUGACAGCUCAGGAAUGUUCGGUCCGAAGAUCAACGAGGAGGAGGUGGAGGCACGUCGCCAGAGUGUGGCAUCCCCCACACCUGGCAGUCUGGAUGAUGGUCAACAGGGUGUCCUUGAUCAAAUGGUCCGCCCCGUCCAGUCAGAGCCAACCUCUGCUCCGACUGUGCAGGAACAAGGAAAGGAAAAGUCUGCAUCUGCUGUCGACACCGUGUCUCCCGCGAAGGAUGCAUUGCCCGCGAAGGCGGCUGUCGCUGCGCCUGCCUCAGCACCCACAUCCACAGUCGCACCUGCCCGUGGGGCCUCGGAGCGCACGGCUCAAAAGACAGUCACAAAGCGCCCCUCUACCAUCAAUGCUGCAAGAAACGGCGCUUCUACCAACAAGUCUGCCUCCUCCGCCGCGCCAACAUCCAAAUCAUCUGUCAACACAACCACAAAGCCUGUAACCUCCCGGGAGAUCGCCAAGGAACGUGCCAAUACCCUUGCUAGUAAGCCAAGUCGCGCAUCCUUGAAUCCUGCAACAAAGACUGCUACCCGUACCGUUCGGGGCGCAACACCAUCACAGGAGACUUCAAGAGUAUCUCCCCCGAGCAGCGUCAAAUCUCGCACGCGAUCACCUACUAGGCCUGUUCGCCUGCCCGCUUCCAUGACUGCACCAACUCAAUCAUCUGGGGCAAGACUCGGGAGUGCGGUUCCUCCCGCCUCGCGAACAACCACCACUGCCUCCACACUCACGAGAAAGCCAUCUUCUCUCAAGAGUGCUGCUGGACCAGCCCAGACACGCCCCACUGCAGGAACUGCAGCUAGUGUGCGCAGACAGCCUUCUCGUCCUUCUCUUCCCGCUCAGUCAGCCCAAGACCGACCCAGCUCACGUACCAGUGAUCACGCCAAGCCGGCCAACGAAGGAUUUCUGGCGAGAAUGAUGCGCCCAACGGCCAGUUCGGCUAGCAAGACACAUGAUCGACCUGAGACCAAGGCUCCUCAGAAGACCACUACAAGCAAGGCUCCACGGCCCUCGGUGGGACGGGUGCCUGAGCGCAGUGCGCAGCAAGCCAGACCUAAACCCGCGGCUCUGCAUCCUCAGUCGGAAAUGUCGCAUGCAUCCAACAAAGAGCCUCUCCCGAAGAAGGAAAUCGAGGAGACCAAGGUUUGCCAACCGGCGCAGGAGAGUGAAAAGGAGAAUAUCGAAGAAUCCACUCCUGUCAUUCCCGAGGAGCCUGAGGUCAUCGAGUCCAAUGAAGUUGUUGUCGAGUCACCCGAAGUUGAGACUGCAGCCGAAACAGCCGACAACAUCAAGCAGGAAGCUGUUCCAGAGCCUGUUGUUGAGAUUGCCAGCAAGACAGUGGAACCCACACCCGUAGAGUCUUCUGCAGAGGCUUCCCUUGAGCAUGCCGAUGAGGCAGUUACCGAGCAGGAAGCUCCGGAAACUUUGUCGGUCGAUAAGCUUGAGCCUGAGAACGAGGCCGAUGACGUGGAGGCUAGUGUCGAAGAAUCACCUGAGGUGCAAACCGAGUCUCCUGAAGAAGCCUUCGAGACCCCUGCCGACUCCACCCCCUCGAAUGAACCUGCCGUGGUUGUUGGAGAAGACACCACCCCUGAAGAAUUUGAGGUUGUCGAGGUCCCUCAGUCAACCGAAGCUUCUGUCGAUGGAUCUAGCGAGAAGGAUACUGAAAUCAAGGAAGUCCCCGUCGCUGAGCCUUCGACCCAGUCAGAGGAAGUUUCUACUUCCAGUGAUUCUAUUCCUGUUGAGCAACCCGCAUCUGAGGGCAAUGUCGACAUCGACUUUGUCAGUCUUGCACUCAACUAG